AUGGUUCCAACACCUACGAAUAGCGAAGAUCGUGCCGGGAGAUCGCCCAGAACCGGAUGUCGCCACGCCGCUGGGAGUCAGCUUCUGCUCCCAAUAGUCACCUUUGCAUCCGGAACCUACGAGGACAUUGAACGUUCUGCGCACAUGUUGCUCAAAUUGAAAGCCCUGUCCUCGUCAUACGUGCACGUCCCAGGGACAAAAAGGGAGGCAGGGCGCGAGGAUGGUGACAGCGAAUGGAAAACCAUAGGACACCCAGCUCGUGUCAUGGGAUGCGAGCUAGACGUAGAUGGGCGGCGAGACGGCGUGCGAGAAGGAAACGAAGAUGGGACUUCAAGCUUCAAGCGAUCUCCAUUCAGUGCCAUUUUCGAGAAGAACAGCUGCUCCACUUGGACCACUAACGAGAACCGGAAAUAUGGUACGGGGAAAUCGCUCGACACUCUCGAUGAACUUGUUGAAAUAACCUCGAAAAGGAAGUCUGCCGGAUUUCCAAGCAUCCAUCUCACGCGUCACCGCACCCAAGCUCGUCAGUCGGGGGUACCACGUCAUGCGGACUUGUCCCUCGUGGAAGAGCCGCCAGAAAGGAGGAUUAGGCAAGUGUUGAGCCCAGGACGUGUGAUGGGAUGCAAACCAUACGAGAUCCUUAGGGCGACGGGAUCGCUAGAAGACACGACUCUAUCCCAAGAACGAAUGUACCGUGACGGUAGCCGGCGAGGAAGGGAGGUAUGGUAUUGCUGUGUAAACGCCAAAAGGAAGAUACCGCCUACGAGAAACGCACCAGAACAUAGUAAUCCGUUCCUAUUUUCGCCAGAAAAGACAAACACGCUUCGAACUCCUCAUGCGUCAACACCCUCGAGAGUCGUCUCGUGUACCCGUAAACCCAAGGAAUAUACAACUCCAGGACCGAGGCCUGAGGCGAACUACGUGCGCGAGGGAAAAGGCGUCGGGAUGUCGGCCUGGCAUGCAGGAAGGAGGGGUAACGCGAGUGCCGAGCGAAUUUAUGACGAGGACGCUCAUGGGAUGCAAAUGAUACGAUAUUUUGAUGGAACGGCAUGCGAAGGGUAUUGGAGAAGGUGGUCGAGGGCGCAAGGCUCGACGUUCGGCGAGUCAGCUCCAUAUCCAGGAAGCUCGUUGCAGUUAGGGCCGUAG